UGAGAGGGUAAAAGGAAUGAUGUCCGUGUCACUAGUCUAGUGUCAGCACUGCUGUAGUCACUGGUAGUUGCACACGGGAAGAAACAGUGGAUAGAAGGAUGGCUGCGGUGAUGGCAUUUCUUAGGACACCUUUGGAUUAAUCAUGAAAACAACUACCCUCUGAGCAGCUGCGGGCAGCGUUUAGUACAUAAACUGUCAUGCAAGUCAAGAGGUUCAAAUCUUCGUGUUCACUUUAAGAACACUCGUGAAACAGCCCAGGCCAUGAAGGGUAGGCAUACCCGAAAAGCCACCAAGUAUGUGAAGGAUGUCACUUUAAAGAAGCAGUGUGUGCCGUUCCGUCGUUACAAUGGUGGAGUUGGUAGGUGUGCCCAGGCCAAACAGUGGGGCUGGACGCAGGUUCGGUGGCCCAAGAAGAGUGCUGAAUUUUUACUGCACAUGCUCAAAAAUGCAGAGAGUGAUGCUGAACUUAAGGGCUUAGAUGUAGAUUCUCUGGUCAUUGAGCAUAUCCAGGUGAACAAAGCCCCCAAGAUGCAGCACAGGACAUACAGAGCUCAUGGUCGGAUCAGCCCAUACAUGAGCUCUCCCUGCCACAUUGAGAUGAUCCUUACUGAAAAAGAACAGAUUGUUCCUAAACCAGAAGAGGAGGUUGCCCAGAAGAAAAAGAUAUCCCAGAAGAAAUUGAAGAAACAAAAACUUAUGGCCCGGGAAUAAAUGCUGCAAAAAAUAAAUGCAAAUAAAAGUAAAAAAAAAA